AUGACCAAUAAACAGCAAAUUCUCUUUCUCAAGACAGGCAUCUCGGAUUUGUCUAUUGAAAAGAAUCUUCUCGCGACAACACCCUAUGAGCUCGUUGUUGUUCACGAUGAUGCCGAUCUUUUCCCAUACGCCACCAAUCCACUUGUUAUCGCCAUUAUCACUACAGACACGCCGAUUACAGCCGAUGUUGUUCAACAGAUUUCACCUUCAUGUCGUGUAAUUACUCGUCUAGGAGUAGGUUUCGAUACUAUCGAUGUUCAAGCAUGUAUACAACGUCAUAUUCGCGUUUGCUAUGUUCCUGAUUACGGUACGAAUGAAGUUGCUGAUCAUGCCGUUGCUCUUCUUUUUGCUGCACAUCGCCGUUUAUCGGUAUACCAUCGAAGAAUUGUUGAGCAGAAUAUUUGGCAUCACGAAAUACCUGGCGAUAGCUUACAUACUUUAAGUACAUUGAAUCUGGGAGUUAUCGGAAUGGGUCGCAUCGGAUCUUGUUUUGCAACAAAAAUGCGACCAUUUGUUAAGGAAAUUCUCUCCUAUGAUCCAAUCGUACCUUCAACUUGCAUUUCGAUUGAUGAAAUCUAUGAACAAUGUGAUAUUAUAUCACUGCAUAUCCCAUUGACAUCAACGAAUUAUCAUAUGAUUUCAUCGGAGUCCAUCCGACGUAUGAAACGAAAGCCAAUUUUAAUCAACGUUAGCCGUGGUGGACUUGUCGAUACUCAAGCACUGGUAGAAGCGCUCAAAAAUGGCCAAAUCUCCUAUGCAGCUUUGGAUGUCCUAGAAGAUGAACCACAUAUAAAUCCAGAAUUGAUUAAACUUGAUCGAAUACAAUUAACACCGCAUUCAGCAUGGUACACUCGAGAAUCAGAAUCGGCUCUACGUACCAAAGCAAUUCAAGAUAUCCUACGUAUUAUGAAUGGAGAACAACCGAUGUAUCCUGUUCCAUACCAACAAUGA